UACGAUGCCAAGAAACGAGUCCGACCACCGACGCCAACAAGUUACGAGAACGACAACGACAGUGCGACACAAUCCGCCAUGUUGCCGACCACAACCGAGAAGUUUGAUAAAAAAUUAUUACUUCUCGUGAAAGAGAACCCAGUUCUGUAUAAUACGAAUCAUGCCAGAUAUAUGGAUUGCAAUGCGAGGGAAGUUGCAUGGCAAAAAAUUGGGGACGAAUUGAAGCGGCCCGCUGCUGAUUGCAAAAUUCGUUGGAUUAACAUAAGAGACGUGUAUCGGAGAAUCUUGCGGCAGCUAGCAACUAAUACUGGUAUUCGAAAAAAACAAUAUAAAUACGAAAACGAGAUAUCAUUUUUGAAACCCUUCUUUAAAGAUAUAACAUCAUUUUAUAAAUACGAGUCAGACCAAGGCAGUGACCCUUUGGAUAACGAAGAGGAAAGCAAUGACGGUUGUGAUGAACCUAUUCAGCCAAAAGUAGAGAGGAAAGUAAGAAAGAAAAGAAGAAGAGAAUUGUCAUGCCAAGACAGCGAUGACCAGCAGGAUGAGACUCCCACUAUUCUUACAGAUACAUCAAUGCCAACUGAACUUGACGCGUCUGAUCCCGUUGAUGCAUUUCUGCUUAGCAUCGGUACAACGCUGAAGACAUUUUCCCCUUAUCAUUUAAAUGUUGCUAAAAGUAAAAUAUUUUCUAUAGUACAAGAACACGAACUUCAACAAAUUGUUCAAAAAGAACGAUCUGGCUCAUCUCAUGAAACUAAAAGGAUAUCUUCUUCAGAUAAUGAUAUAAAUUUUAUGCAAUAGUGAUAACAUAAGUUACAUUUAAACGCACCAAGGGAUAUUAUCUGAUAUGCAGAAGAUUACGUGAAUUGGUGGCAUACCAAUAAAGAAAUUUCAAACCGUUUACUCGCUUAUACCUUUUUUAGUGUUACUGUUAGUCUAGGUAUAUUAGUAUGUGGAAUGUAUUAAAAGCAAUAUUUACCUACCCACGUAAAUAUGGCUAAAAUUAAUUAAUCAAUAUUUAAAUUUAACGACAAAUGUUAAGAAAUCAAAUUUAAUUAAUCGACUAACCUAAUGUUUAAGACACGAAGAAACGAUAUAUUAUUAUUUCAACAUUUUUUACUGCACAGAUGUUUAAAUAUUAAAUUCAUAUGCGCAUAAUAUAUAGUAAAUAUUUGAAAAUCUACACUGAUUGCACUUUUCUUGCACUCGUUCGUCUCUUUCUAUCAAAUUGUGUUUACGCUGUGAUGAACAAGACAUUACUAUUUUAGUCAUAAAUAAACAUUCAAACAGACUGAUUUAUUUUUAUGAAUAAGGGAACAUAAUAUAUCGAGCCGUGAGUAUACUCGUUCUUAGCAGUCGUACGCAAGAAUACAUUCGAAAUGUUAUAUAAUUUAAAUACAUAGUAGGGGUUACAGUGUAAUCGUAUCGAUUAACAUCUUAACGACUUCUCUAUUGAUUUAUUUGUUAGGUAUAUUUAAAAUAGUAUGAAGUAGAAUUAGUAUAAAGAAGAAUAAUAAUUAUAUGUAAUAUAUUAUUAUACAUUUGGCGACUUUCACUAUAAUACAUGUUAAAUCUAUUGAAAAUACCCACGUCAUCCAUACUUAUUACACAUAAUAUAGUUCAGAUAUAAGACAAGCAAAAAAAACUAUUAGCAAUUGUUUAUAUAUUACUUGUAUUAUAGAUUUUAAGAACUAAAGAAGGUUACAGUAAUAUUAUAGUAAUUAUUUAAUGUUCUAAUUCUUGUGUGUUAGGCAAAUUGGAAUUUACAAAGGGCAUAGUAUAAAUGAUCAUACAAGAUGAUUAAGAAAAAAAUAAAUAUAAAAACACUGCUAUUUAAAUUGCUGUUUUGUUUUGUAAUUUUAUAUAUGUACAUCUGUGCGCUCUAAUUAUUAAGCUUAGUUUAUAAAUUGUUUCUCAGUAAGUGAAUUAUGUGUUCAAUUCUUAUGAGAAAUAAAGUUAUUCUUAACCUUAAAUUCUUUAGUAAGUAGUUAUGUUUUUUCUGUAUUUUUCAUAAAGUAGAGGGCAAACGGCCAAGGGGCUUACCUGAUGUAAAAUAAUAACUGAAGUAAGGUUAGUUCUUUCAUUCUACUAAUUCUGUUAGAAUUCUGCAGGUAAUGUAAACAUGUUUUGUUGUAACUUUGUAUUUGUGUUUAUAAAUAAUUUGCUUGCUAUUUAUAAUAUUCUUCUGUAAUUUGAAUUAAACUAACUUCAUGGUUUAUUUCACAUCGACUUUAAGGUGCAAGUGGGGCAAGAAAUAUGCAGCAGUUAUACUUGCAUGCAUUUUUGUUGUUGGAAGGAUCAACAAUACAAAGCAUGGAAGUCCUGAGGCCAUUACAAAUAUGAUAGCUGAGCUGAUCAAAUUCCCCAAAAUAAGCAUAGCUAUUUCUAAAAGUGUAAUAGACUACUCAUUCCAAUAAAGUAAUUUAACUAAAAUUAAAAUAAUGGAGACCUAUAUCAUAUUAAUGUAGUAAUGUGCAUGUGUGGAGUGAGGCCACAAUUUUGUGGUGGAUUUUGAUCAGAACAUGGCAGUGAGGAAACC